AGAAAAUAUACCGGAAAUUAUCAAACUGAGGAAGUUAUAUUGAAUUUUAAUAAUAAAAAGAAGAAAAAUAACUAAUGACGAGGCAGUAUGGUCCCAGACCUUAGCCUGUCCGAAAGGACAAACGAAAAAAAAAAAAAAAAAAAAAAAAAAAAUUGACUGACAGCCACCGUCAGUCAGUGAAAGAAUUUUCGUUUCGGUACGAGCACCUAUUUAUUGUCGUGUUUGGUGUUUUCUUUUCGGUCGGUACGUAAAAAAUGUAUUUCAACGUUUAAGGUCAAAAUUUCGCGUAAACGAUGAAAAGUAGCCCCACACGUAAAUAUGAAAACUUCUCCAACGACCACCAAGGGAAAGAAACGGACAAGUAUUCGCUAGACAGUCAAGACACCGCCAGUGUGCAUUCGAACCCGGAGGAGGGCGGCGGGGGUAGGCGCGGCACGAGUGAUCAGUGCACAGGCGCCGGAGACAUGUGGAUCAGCGCCGUCGAGAGCUCUAUACUCACCUGGGAGGAGGUGGCAGACCGGCUGAAGGUAGACGUGCGCCGCGGGCUGUCAUGGCGCGAGGCCAACGACCGCAUCAACUUCGUCGGCGCCAACGAGUUCCAGGUCAAGGAGGAGGACCCCCUGUGGAAGAAGUACAUCGAGCAGUUCCAGAACCCCCUCAUACUGCUGCUACUCGGCUCGGCUGUAGUGAGCGUAUGCAUGAGACAGUUCGACGACGCCAUCUCCAUAACGGUCGCCAUCAUCAUUGUGGUGACUGUGGCUUUCGUGCAGGAGUACCGGUCGGAGAAGUCGCUCGAGGAGUUGAAUAAACUGGUGCCGCCGUCAUGCAACUGUUUACGCGAAGGCAGUCUAGAGCACUUUCUCGCCCGUAACCUCGUACCAGGGGACAUAGUCCACCUGAACGUGGGGGACAGGGUGCCCGCAGAUUUGCGACUGUACGACUCGGUCGACCUGGCCAUCGACGAGUCGUCGUUCACUGGCGAGACGGAGCCGGCCGUGAAGAGCGUGCUGCCGAACAAAGCGACCGCUGGGAGAGUUAACAAGGACAAUGUCGCGUUCAUGGGCACGCUAGUCAGAUGCGGCAACGCGAAGGGCAUAGUAGUAAGCACCGGGGAGCGGUCCGAAUUCGGCGACAUUUUCCGCAUGAUGCAAGCGGAGGAGGCGCCGAAGACCCCGCUCCAGAAGUCUAUGGACACUCUAGGCACGCAGUUGUCUAUGUACAGCUUCUGCAUCAUCGGAUUCAUUAUGGUCGCUGGAUGGCUGCAAGGGAAGGCUGUCCAGGAUAUGUUCACAAUUGGAGUCAGUUUGGCCGUCGCUGCUAUACCUGAAGGUCUACCGAUAGUGGUGACGGUGACAUUAGCUUUGGGCGUGAUGCGUAUGGCGAAGAGGAAUGCUAUAGUGAAGAAAUUGCCCACCGUUGAGACGCUGGGAUGCGUCAACGUCAUAUGCAGCGAUAAGACUGGUACAUUAACCAAGAACGAGAUGACAGUGACCACGAUAUCCACGUCGGGCGGUCAUAUAGCCGAAGUCACCGGCACCGGGUACAAUUCUAGAGGCGACGUACAAUUGAGGGCGUACAAGGGACGCGACUUGGACGUCGCCAGGAUGGGUGUGCAGAGUAUGCUGGAGGUCGGUGUUCUAUGCAACAACGCGUACAUCCGCGACGACACUUUGUACGGGCAGCCCACUGAAGGCGCUUUACUCGCGUGCGCGCUCAAAUACGGCCUCGAGGAUAUCAGAGACGUCCACACGAGGCUGCACGAGAUACCGUUCAGUUCAGAGACCAAGAUGAUGGUGGUGAAAUGCGUGCCCAAAUUCGGCGACGGAAAACUAAAGGAAGAAGUCUUCGUCAAAGGGGCCAUAGAGAAAGUUCUACCACUCUGCACCACGUACAUAGACAGUUCUGGCAACUACGCGCCGAUGACCAAGGAAAAGCAGGCUGAUUUUAUAAGCGAAGCUUACAAUAUCGGUCGAAUGGGUCUCCGCAUCGUAGCCAUGUGUCGCGGCGACAGCCUUCAAUCGUUGAGCUACACGGGCGCGUGCGGUGUAUGCGACCCGCCCCGCGCCACCGUCCGCGACGCGGUCCACACGCUGCGCCGCGGAGGCGUACACGUCAAGAUGCUCACCGGCGACGCCAAGCCCACCGCCCUCAGCGUCGCUCAAAUGGUCGGCCUGGAUGUUCUACAUUCGCAAUCACUGAGUGGCGAUCAACUAGACUCUAUGGGCGAAGACGAACUCGACAGAAUCAUUGAUACUGUAAGCGUUUUCUACAGAGUGACGCCGAAGCAUAAGCUAACUAUAGUGAAGUCAUUACAAAGGCUCGGAAACAUAGUCGGCAUGACAGGUGACGGUGUAAACGACGGCGUGGCUCUAAAACGAGCGGAUAUCGGCAUAGCUAUGGGACGCAAUGGAACCGACGUUUGUAAGGAAGCCGCGGAUAUGAUACUUGUGGACGACGACUUCGCUACUAUUAUUGCGGCGAUAGAGGAAGGCAAAUGCAUAUUCUACAACAUCCGCAACUUCGUGCGCUUCCAGCUGUCCACGUCGAUCGCUGCCCUAUCGCUUAUCGCGCUCGCAACGCUCAUGGGGGUGCCCAACCCCCUGAAUGCGAUGCAGAUACUGUGGAUCAACAUCAUUAUGGACGGACCCCCGGCCCAGUCUCUGGGAGUAGAACCCGUGGACCACGAGGUGGUGAGACGUCGCCCUAGAGACACAACUAGGCGAAUAAUAUCAAGAGGUUUACUGCUUAAUGUACUGCUAGCGGCUGCUAUCAUCAUCGCUGGGACAUUGUGGGUCUUCAAUAGGGAGAUGUCAGAUAACAAGAUUACACCGCGAGACACAACCAUGACAUUCACUUGCUUCGUGCUGUUCGACAUGUUCAAUGCGCUCUCUUGCCGCUCGCAGACCAAGUCCGUAUUCCAAGUCGGAUUGUUCUCUAACAAAAUGUUCCUGAUAGCGGUAUCAUUGUCUCUGGUGGGGCAGAUGUUAGUAAUAUACUUUCCUCCACUUCAGCGAGUGUUCCAGACCGAAGCUCUCACUGCACAUGAUCUCAUAUUCUUAGUCUGCCUCACGUCCAGCGUGUUUAUUGUGAGCGAAGUGAAAAAACUCGUUGAGAGGACCCUCAAGCGGCGAUCGUACGGAAAGUUCACGACUAAGGCCCACGACGCUAUGGACUUCGUAUGACACGAGACCCAGAGGAAGGAGCAGUGAGCAGCCACUGCGACGACGUUAUUGGGGCCAAUCGCCUAAGGGUAUUUCUAUGGCUAUCGCUGUCGCUUACGAUUUCAUUUUGUUAUUUCUGACCACGGAAGAUUUUCAAAUAGCUCACGCUCAUUUUUUUAAUAUUGUUAUUCUCAAUGAAACAGAAAAAAACGAGCGAGCCUUACAGUAGUCGCGUAUGAUGUGUAACAUUUGAAACCUCACCUUAUAUUAGUGAAAAAAGAAAUAAAACCUACUACAAAAGGAAUAAGCCAUUUGAACAUUAUGUUCUAAAAUCAAAUCAAAUAGCGCGCGCUUCCCAAACUUCCUGUUACACACUUCCGGCCCACUUCACGUAAUAACUUCCACAAAUUGCACGAAAGCGAGAGUAAAGAUGUUACAGGUCAAAAAAGAUUGCGAGGCAUUUGAAAACCUUCGACGGUCAGAAAUAACAAAUUGAAAUCGUAAGUGAUAGCGAUAGCCAACAAUCUUGUUAGGCAAUUGGACCCACGGUACGUGGAACUGUGUUUUACGCACCCAGUGACGCGAUAGUACGCGUACCAGUUACAGUAUCCAGUGACGGCUGUACUCAGUGUAGAAAAUAACCGUACUGUAUUUACGACGGCAAGUUCGGCAUUUAGUUCUCGAUGUUGUAGUGGCAGUAUUUUUUUUAAUUUAUAAAUGUAAUUUAAUUGAUUAUUUAUAUUUUUUUAAUGAUGGUUUUUCCCCGUAUAUUUUAAGUGGUAAUAGUGAUUUUUU